AUGUUUAAUGAUUCUUUAUACAAAAGUAGUGGAGCUGAACUCAAACUCAUGACAGAUAUGGAUAAGUACUUAAUAGUUGAGAAUGGUAUUUGUAAAGGAAUAACAAUAGCAAAUUAUCAAUAUGCUAAAGCAAAUAAUCUACAGUAUUCUGAUUAUAAUCCUAGUAAGCCAAAGUCCUACAUCUUAUAUAAUAAUAUAAAUGCCUUGUAUUCAGAAGAAAUGAUCCAAUACAUGCUUACAGAAAUCUUAGCUAAAGUGGAUCUAUUAGAUAUUCAAAAUAUUACACUAUCCAUUAGUGUCAGAAAAGCAGAAGUUUCAGAAAACUGGCUUAGCUUAUAUAAUGAAAAAUUAGUACAUGAUAAAGAAGUUAAAGGUG